AUGGCCACCCAGAUGUUCGAGGGCAGGGGGCACGCAGCCAUCUACCAGAAAUACAGGUUUGCACCGGGCAAAGAGCUGCAGCAAACCAUUCUCACCUACCUGCAGGAGAAGAGAACAAGCCCUGCUGAGCUGGUGGUGGAUGUCGGCUGUGGGUCCGGACAAGGCACCCACUUCCUUGCAGAGCACUUCAAGAAGGUGGUGGGAACAGACAUCAGCGAAGCACAGAUCCAGGAGGCCAGGGAGGGCCCCUCCAUGCCCAACGUCUCCUACCUCGUGUGCCCUGCAGAGGAGCUGCCGUUCGAGGAUGCCUCAGUGGACCUCCUGACUUCAUUUACUGCCGCGCACUGGUUUGAUACCGAGAAGUUCAUGAGGGAGGCAAAGCGCGUGGUCAGGCCGGGUGGUUGCGUGGCCAUCAGCACCUACACGGUGGACAUGAGCCUGCGCUAUGGGAACUGCUCUGAAAAACUGACCCAGGUCUUCAGGCAGUGCUGGGACCUGCUUUUAAAAUACUCACAUAACAGAAUAAAACUUGUCUUGGAAGACUACAAAGAGAUUUUUGAGGCCUUGCCAUUUCAAGACAAGAAGAGAAUCACUGAUAUCUUUGACAAAAUUCCCAUGACUGUUGCUGGUGUGGUGGGUUACUUAGAGUCGUCUUCUCCAUAUCAAGCCUUUAUGAAGAAUGACCCUGAAGCUGCAAAAUCCCUCCUCCAGGAGACUGAAAAGAGGUGA